AGUUUGCAACUCAGCACAAACAAAAGUUUUGACUUUUUCUUUGACCGCCAAAGAAGACGAAAACGAGAGUCUUUGACAAAAUCACGAAGAAAAACGAAUCCUUUUUGUUUCUUCUGCACAGAAUCUUCAUUUUAGCUUUUCUUCUUCUUCCUCUGCUUCUCUCUCUCUCUCUCUUUCUGAAGGUUUCUUUUUUUUUUUUUUUUCCCGCGAUUCCUCUUCCCUCUUGCUUUGUGUGAUCGACUUUGGAGCCGAGUAUAUCUGUCCGCCUAGGUUUCUCUUUUUUGGUUUGUGUGUGUUUUAGCAUAGAAUCCAAUCUACCAAUGGAUUAUGAACACAAUACGAAUCCAUUUGCAAGGGCAAGUGGAAGUGAAAGAGCAGGGGGAAGUACAAGUGCGAGUUCCAGCUCCAGUUUUAGCAGCAGCGUGGCGGAUACAGAUGAUGACCAAACCAUUGCGCGUAUGUUAGCUGAAGAUGAGAGCUUAAGAAGAGAGGGCAUGCUUGGGAAGAGACUCUCUCAUUUAGAUUCUAUCCCUCACACUCCUCGGAUUAACACUAAAAUACCCGAUAUAAAUGAUGCAACAUUAGACCAUGACCUCCUCUCUGUGAGGUUGGCCACAUAUGGAUUAGCUGAGCUACAGAUGGAGGGGGAUGGAAAUUGCCAGUUCCGAGCUCUGGCAGACCAGCUUUUCGGCAAUCCAGAUUACCAUAAGCAUGUUAGGAAGCAUAUUGUAAAGCAGUUGAAAGAGCAACGAAAGUUAUACGAAGGAUAUGUGCCGAUGAAAUACAGACACUACACCAGGAAGAUGAAAAAAUCGGGUGAAUGGGGAGAUCACGUUACUCUUCAAGCUGCUGCAGAUCGUCAUAACUGUAGUUCGAAGCCAAGAUCUGCUUACUCACAUCAUUUCGGGAACAAUCCUACAUCGAGAUACUUCCUCAUAACAAGAACCCUCUUCGUGAGGCUUGGCUUAGCUUCUGGAGCGAAGUGCAUUACAAUUCUCUAUACUCUAGUGGAGAUGUUCCCACAAGAAAACCUAGGAGGAAGCACUGGCUCUUCUAGGAUUGGAUCCAGAUUCGUAUAAUCCAUACAUGUAUGUAUGUAUGUAUGUAUGUAUGUAUUCUUUCUUCAGAUUGUUGUGUAAACUUGGUACUUACCUCACUCUAUGUUAACAUGCUUUUAUCAUUGGUUCCCCACUCAUCACUUUCAUUGUAAAAGAACAAGUAAAGGUAGGUAUGUUAUUUAUUUAAUCUUGACA